AUGUCUGCGAACGAACAUAGACUCAAUAACCACUCGCUUUUGAAAACUCCCAUUCGCCAGCCAUACUACCAUCAGUUUGUUGGAGGCACACUGAAAAAAGAAGAGGAUUUUGCACUUUCUAUGGCUCCAUCUGCUACUUUGGCCUCUGUACCGGAUACCUCGGCCGCCACGUCUACUCUUCUGGAAGAAUUUCGAGCAAGCAAGGGCACCAGACGCUUUCUUGUAAAGGAGAUUCUUUCUUGUGUCGUCGAAUUUUCAGGCGAUCAGUUCGGCUCUCGAUUUAUCCAACAAAAGUUGGAAACUUGCACGGUUGAAGAAAAAGAACUGAUCUUUCAAGAGCUAUUGCCUCAUGCGGUUUCACUGAUGACAGAUGUCUUUGGCAACUAUGUGAUCCAAAAGUUCUUUGAAUUGGGCAGCGAUGGGCAGCGCCGAGCCUUGGCGAUUGCCAUGCAAGACCAUGUGGUCAGUCUGUCUCUUCAGAUGUACGGCUGCAGGGUUGUCCAAAAAGCACUUGAAAACCUUCCUGCUGAUGUCCAGUCUUUGCUGAUAGUCGAGCUCACCGGACACGUGAUCAGGUGCGUAAAAGACCAAAAUGGAAAUCACGUCAUCCAGAAGGUCAUUGAGAGGGUUCCCGCUGCUAGAGUGCAAUUCGUAGUGGACUCUUUCAGAGGACAAGUGGAGGUGCUGGCCAUGCAUCCAUACGGGUGCAGGGUUCUACAGCGCAUUUUUGAGCAUUGCGAAUCUUCACAGUCCGGACCUCUUCUUCAAGAGCUUCAUGAACAUGUAGAUGAGCUUGUCCUUGACCAAUAUGGAAAUUAUGUCAUCCAGCAUGUAAUCGAGCGAGGGCGGCCCUCUGAUAGAACCGCAAUCAUCGGUUGUGUGCGAGGCAAGCUGCUGGAUCUUUCUCGCCACAAGUUUGCUUCAAAUGUGGUGGAAAAGUCCAUGGCACACUCUCAGCCUGCCGAUCGCAGGCUGAUGGUGGAGGAGAUUCUCCAUGCUGGUCCUGCACUCCUGUCCAUGAUGAUGAAGGAUCCGUUUGCGAAUUAUGUGAUUCAACGCACGCUGGAUGUUGCAGACCCAGACCAGCGCGAACAACUUGUAUUGAGGAUCAAGCCUCAUCUGCCUACAUUGAAAAAGUACACGUACGGUAAACACAUCAUUGCCAAGGUCGAGCGCAUCACAGCUGCUGGCUUGCAGCUGUAA